GUCGCCGUCGCCGCCGCCGCCGGGCUUUCUCCGGCCGCCGCCGCCACUGCCGCUGCUUCGCGGACUGGAGGGCCCAGGCAUCUCCGGGCGAGCGGAGGCUGCGGUUGACUGAAGCGGGUGAGCCGGGUUCCAGAGCCUCCAGGCGGGAUUUCGGGGCCUCCCGGCGGUGCAGCGGAUGGUCUGAGGGCCGCGCAGACAUGGCUCACCUCAGGGGAUUUGCCAACCAGCACUCUCGCGUGGACCCCGAGGAGCUCUUCACCAAGCUCGACCGCAUCGGCAAGGGCUCCUUUGGGGAGGUGUACAAGGGCAUCGACAACCGCACCAAGGAGGUGGUGGCCAUCAAGAUCAUCGACCUGGAGGAGGCAGAGGACGAGAUUGAGGACAUCCAGCAGGAGAUCACCGUGCUCAGCCAGUGCGACAGCCCCUACAUCACGCGCUACUUCGGCUCCUACCUGAAGAGCACAAAGCUGUGGAUCAUCAUGGAGUACCUGGGCGGCGGCUCCGCCUUGGACCUGCUUAAGCCGGGCCCCCUGGAGGAGACCUACAUCGCCACCAUCCUGCGGGAGAUCCUGAAGGGCCUGGAUUACCUGCACUCGGAGCGCAAGAUCCACCGAGACAUCAAAGCUGCCAACGUGCUGCUCUCAGAGCAGGGUGACGUGAAGCUGGCAGACUUCGGGGUGGCGGGGCAGCUCACGGACACGCAGAUCAAGAGGAACACGUUUGUGGGCACCCCCUUCUGGAUGGCGCCCGAGGUCAUCAAGCAGUCGGCCUAUGACUUCAAGGCCGACAUCUGGUCGCUGGGGAUCACAGCCAUCGAGCUGGCCAAGGGCGAGCCCCCCAACUCCGACCUCCACCCCAUGCGUGUCCUGUUCCUGAUCCCCAAGAACAGCCCACCCACGCUGGAGGGCCACCAUAGCAAGCCCUUCAAGGAGUUUGUGGAGGCCUGCCUCAACAAGGACCCCCGAUUCCGGCCGACCGCCAAGGAGCUCCUAAAGCACAAGUUCAUCACGCGCUACACCAAGAAGACCUCCUUCCUCACCGAGCUCAUCGACCGCUACAAGCGCUGGAAGUCAGAGGGCCACGGCGAGGAGUCCAGCUCCGAGGACUCCGACAUCGACGGAGACCCCGAGGACGGAGAGCAGGGCCCGUCUGGACGUUCCCCCCCACCGUCCGGCCGAGCCCACGGCAAGCUGCACAAGGGGACGGCCCUGCACGGCCCCCAGAAGUCAGCCGAGCCUGUCAAGAGGCAGCCGAGGUCCCAGUGUCUGUCCACGCUGGUCCGGCCCGUCUUUGGAGAGCUCAAAGAGAAGCACAAGCAGAGCGGCGGGGGCCUGGGGGCGCUGGAGGAGCUGGAGAACGCCUUCAGCCUGGCUGAGGAGUCCUGCCCCGGCAUCUCGGACAAGCUGAUGGCUCAGCUGGUGGAGCGGGUGCAGAGGUUUUCACACAGCAGAAACCACCUGACGUCAGCCCGCUGAAGCCGCUGCGGUUCGCACACAGGGGAGAGAGGGGUCUUCGUCUUGAGCUGCCUGGUCGAGGACCGCGCUGACUGGAAACCCCGUGUGCUGUCGGGGCCGCGGGCCUCCCUGCCCGGCCACGCCCCCCGCCCGGAGCAGAGGGCCUCCCCGUUGCCACGCCCCCUCGCGGCCAGGCCACGGCCACACUCGGCAGCUCGGCAGCAGAGCGGCACCGGGCCGUCCCCUCUGUGGGCUCCCGGACAGCGCGGCCACCCAGACUGAGGGGCAGAUAUGCCUCCUCCCCACCCGGCCCGAUGGCCCUCGGAGGUCGUAGAUUUGCCUUGUGGUGUUGGAUCAGGUACCGUGACUUCUCAUAAGUACUUGUGUCAGCCAGAAUGUUGUUUUUUAAGAAAAAUCGAACUUCCUCGCUUCCCUAAAUAGCCUGAGGGUAAGGAGUUGGUUUGCAUAGAACGUUGAGAGGUUCCUGCCACUUUCAAUAAAGACCUGACUUGGAGA